UCGCCAAACACCUAAACCCCUGGCUUAUUGAUUUCGCUAAUCCCACACCAUGCGGUUGUUAUCACAAAUUCACCUGCUCCGCAGCAGUCGAACCCGGUCCUGAUAAAAAUCAGUCGUUGGAGAUGUUCGCGAGGGUACUGAGGAACAUUUGCCGGAAUGAGGGCGCCUCGAGGGUGCUUCGGAAGGGUUUCGCCACCGAGGGCAAGGGCGAAGUGACCGCCCUGUACGAAUUCCACGUGGAAAACGGCGGGAGAAUGGUCAACUUCGGGGGGUUCAUGCUGCCGGUGCAGUACGCGGACCUGGGGAUCGCAGCUUCGCACCUGCACACGAGGAAGAGUGCUUCGAUGUUCGAUGUUUCGCAUAUGCUUCAAACGGAAAUUGUGGGUGCCGACUGCCUCCCUUACAUGGAGUCCAUCUGCACCGCCGACCUCCAAAACCUCCCCCCCAACUCCUCCAUCCUCACCGUCUUCACCACCCCCGAAGGCGGCGUCCUCGACGACCUCAUCAUCACCAAAAUCUCCGACGACCACCUCUACGUCGUGUCCAACGCCGCGAUGAAAAAACAAGACCAAGCCCACCUCCUCCAGGCCCUAGACAACCACAAAAAAGCCAACCCCGCCACCGAAAUCAAAAUCAAGUUUUUCGACCCCCAAGAACGAGGCCUCGUGGCACUGCAGGGACCUAAAGCCGCUCAAGUCCUGCAAAAACUGACCGACAUCGACCUCUCCACCCUCUACUUCAUGACCUCGUCCGAGGCCACGGUGUGCAGCGCCGGCGCCUGCAGAAUCACCAGGUGCGGCUACACCGGAGAAGACGGCUUCGAGAUCUCCAUGCCGGCGAUUAAGGCUGUGGACAUUUCGAGGGAAAUUCUGCGGAAUGAGGACGUGAAGUUGGCGGGGUUGGGGGCGAGGGAUUCUUUACGGUUGGAGGCGGGGCUGUGUCUCUACGGAAGCGACCUGACCGCCGACACCACCCCCGUGGAGGCGGCCUUGACGUGGUUGAUCUCGAAACGUCGGCGCGAAGCGCGGGAUUUCCCGGGGGCGGAUGUGAUUUUGGGGCAGAUUAAAGAAGGAUCUGUGAAGAAGAGGAUAGGGUUGGUGGCGGAUUUGGGGCCUCCGGCCCGUCAUGGGACCGUUGUGGUUGACGGUGAUGGUAACGACGUGGGUUCGGUUACGUCCGGGUGCCCUGCACCCAGUCUCGGGAAGAAUAUUGCCAUGGCGUAUGUCCCUACGGAGCUGAGUAAGGCCGGGACUCAGCUGAGGUUGAGGGUUCGUGAUAAGUUGUAUGGUGCUGUGGUGACGAAGAUGCCCUUCGUCCCUUCGAAUUACUACACAAGACCUAAAUGAUCGGUUAAUAAAAGUGUGUGAUGAA